CAGGGGAUUGAUCGGCGAUGGCGGCAAUGGCGCCUCAUCUGGAGCGCUUCGGCAGGGAGCUCAAGUGUCCAAUCUGCUUGAGUCUAUUCCAGCAAGCCGCGGUGCUUUCUUGCACCCAUUGCUUUUGCAAGCCGUGCAUUCUUACAUCCUUGAAGGGCAUGCCAUUCUGUCCUGUGUGUAAAGUCCCUGCCACGAGACGAGAGGUGAGGCCUUCGCCAAAGAUGGAUAACGUUGUGGGUAUUUAUCGGGAUAUAGAAGCUGCGGUUGGAAUCACACCGUUUGCUAGUCAGGAUCCAAAUACUCAUGGAUUUCACAAGCAAACGAAAGGAGGUGACAAUUCCCCUGAACGCGGAAAAGCUACUAAGAGAAUUCCUUCUAAGAAAAGAGUUCAGGCACCUCAGAUGGUCAGUUCUGGGAAUGCCAAAGAUAAAGAGAAAUCUCGCAAGAGGAAACGUAAAGCACAAGUUGAAGAAAAAGAAGAAGAAGCCUUGAAUCCAGUGAGUCUUAAUGACUUUGAGAACUUUGAAGCUGAGCUUGCAAAGGAGAAGACUUGGGAAUUUGGACGAUGCGAAGCUGCCUCUUCGUCGAAACUGCAAAAGACUGCUGAACAUAAUACUGCGCAACAGGAACUUCCUCGACAAAGUACUCCUCUUGCUCCUUUCUUCUGGCUCUCCUCGCAAGAUGAUCCACAGAUAACGCAGACACAUCCAUCGCCGGAUAUUGCUGCAAAUCGCCCUUCGUUCAGCGACCUCAAAAGCUCAGAGCAUCAGUCAAGUGAACAAGACAUGGAAGACGUAUCAAAAGGUCAUGGAGCGGAUUCUGAUCCAUUUCUUUGGACUCAGCGUGCAUGCUCUCCCGAACUUGAAUGCAAUGCUCACGACGAUAUGAUGAACUUGAUCGUUGAGGAUUCACAAGAACUUGAUCCUUAUCUUCCUAUUAAGCAGUUUUUAAAAGGUGACACAGACUCGGGAAAAAGCGUGAUUAGAAGAGCUCGCGUGGAUCCUGUCAAGGUUGAAGUUCCUUUUGACAAGAUUCCUUGGACGGAGAAGCCGCAUGCACCUGUAUCAGAAGGUCCACCAAAAGAAGGCGAUGUUAAGCCAGUUCGGUCUCCUGCAAAGAAGAGAAACAACAGGAUAAGUAAAAGUCCUGUGCGUCAAGUUGGUAAUGGUACUGUACAAGAACGCGAAGUUUCUCCCCGGAAAUCUGGAGAGGUUUUUUGUGCAUUCUGCCAGCGUGCAGGCGAUUGUUCUGUUUGUGGAGACCUGAUGGCUUACAAGAACGGUCUUCUUUUUCCAAGAAAUAGCGGUGCCAAAAACGUUGUACACAAGCUUUGUGCUGAAUGGGCACCUAAAGUCUACUUUAUUGGCGAUGAAAAUGAAAACAAACUGCAAAAUUUGGAGUCAGAAAUUUUCCGGGCCCGGAAGCUUAAGUGUAAGAGCUGCAAGAGAAAAGGUGCAGCAUUGGGUUGCUAUUGGAACAGCUGUCGUAAAUCUUUCCACUAUCACUGUGCGAAAGCUGAUUCCAACUUCAAGUUCGACACGACACGGUUUCUCGUGCUUUGUCCAGUCCACGCGACCGGUUCUUUUUCUGGGAAACGAAGGAAAAGCUCCUCAGAAACAAAACAAAAAACGUCGAGACCAAGAGGUGGGAAAGCCAAAAAAGCAGAAGCGCAAAAUUGUCCUAGAAAAUAUGUCUUCUGCGGUUCAAGCUUGGAUACUCGUGACAAGGAGCAACUGGCAAAGUUCGCAUCAGCAACAGGAUCACUCGUCGAAUCAUCGUGGAACCAUAAUGUGACCCAUGUGCUUGCUGGUCCCGACGCGACUGGCGGUGCUCGGAGGACACUAAAGCUCUUGAGGGGGAUUCUGGAAGGAAAAUGGAUAUUGCAGCCUGAGUGGUUAACCGCCUGCCUAUCAACUGGCCAUUUCGUAGACGAGGCACCAUACGAAGCUCGAGUUGAUGUACAAGGCAGACUUGAGGAGGGACCCAAGCAAGGAAGACUUCUUGCAAACUCAGAGGCCCCGAAGCUGUUUACCUUGCUAGACUUCUACUUCACCGAGUUUGAGGGGUCACUGAAAACGGACCUGGAGACCCUGGUCCGAGCCGGUGGUGGAACCGUGCUACAUCGUCAGCCUGUCUCUCCAUCUCCCAAGACAACGCUGGUUAUCUAUCCACAAGACAGCAAAACGCAACGGAAAGCGGCAACCUCGAUAGCCGAAGCUACAGGAGCCGUCGCUCUGGAACACACUUGGAUCCUCAACUCCGUAGCCGGCUACCGCCUUCAACCUUUGCGGGAUCAACCAAAUUGGGAGGAAAAGGAAAAGCUCUGAUGGAGCUCCAAGACAACGAUGCGUCCGACAGGUACAAGCUAGUGAUCAAACUCCAGGGCCGGGG